AUGAUUGCCUCAGCCUCUUCUACCUCUUCUACACUUCAAAUAUCAGCCAGUAAAGAGGCCCUUGUGGAAUCAGAACUCCAGUUGGUGGAUCCUUCUACCGUGAUGGCAGUGGAGAAAUAUGGAGAAAAUAAUCCUCCUAACUUGGCUGAUCAACAGAUGCAGCUCUCAGUUCCUCUCACUAGGACUUGGAAAAGACUUGGUUCAAAAUCGGGCAGAUUACAAAGGGAGCCAUCUAUUCCUAUUGUUAUUGAUCAUAUCUCUGGUUUUAAAAGGCCUUCCUCAGAUGUUAUGGAUCGUAAAUGGGUUUAUGCUCCCCGAACAAGUUUAGAAUAUGAAAAUGGAGUAAAUGAGUUCUUAGAGUUUGCUAGCACGCAUGAUCCUGACAGUAACGGGAAGUUCUUAUGUCCGUGCGUGAAUUUUCUAAAUGAGAGGAGAUUAAGUGCUGAUCAAAUUCGAGAGCAUGUGGUUUGCGAUGGUUUCAAUAAGGGUUACACCAAAUGGAUAUGA